AUGGCAUCAGCGAAGCACAGCAUAGCUCUUCUCGAGCUAUCGCCCCGUGAUAAGCCGAGAGUUUUUGGCAAGCUGAGGAGAAGCACAAGGGUUCUCAUGAGCGAGUCUCGCAUAGAAAUCGAGGAUCUCACCGUCCUUUGGACGGAUCUCGCCCUCUCCGACGACGAGGAGAGAGCCCCGGCCGCCUCGCCGCCGUCGACGUCGCCACCACCAGCGACGCCAUCGCCGACGUCACCGCCAACGUCACUGACGACGUCACCGCCGCUACCACCAGCGAGCCCACCGCCGCCGUCGCCAAGGCCGCCGAACCCCUAA